UGCCUAUGGAAGAACAAGAAGCGUUACAUUUUUUUGCUCAACUGCUCUUGGGCCUUGCUCACGUGCACGACCAGAUACUACUUCGGAAAUGGACGUAACAAUGGUAAAUCCAAACAAUUACACUGCACUGGAAAAUAAGUCGGAGGAAGAACCUCACACAUUCAAAAGUGACGUCUGGAGUAUCGGAGUGAUGUUAUACGAGGUUGCGACGGGCCUCGAGCCUAAUGAUAUCGCGGAUGACUUGGAAGAAAAACUCGCAGAUCUACCAUCACCCAUAAAAACCAUCUGCACAAGGACGCUGGAAUUCGAUCCGGAUAAAAGGCCGGACUGUAACGAAGUGCUGCACUAUUCCGAAUUGAAGGAUCCGCUGUGCAAGUAUUUCGAUAGCCUGGAGACAACGGACAGGGAUAUCGUUUACGAGCAAAUAAGCGAUAUCGUCGUUGAUAUUAACGAGAUAGAUGAUUGAAGCAAUAAAUUUAAAUCUAUUAUUCAUUACA